AGUUUCCUAGUCUGGACUCGGAUUUGGUCGCUCACCGAUGGCGGGCGGAGCGCCGCCUUCCUCCGGGGGUCCUACAGUUUCCUCUUCCUCCUCCUCGUCUUCUUCGGGCCUUCCUCCUCCUCCGCCUCCUCCCAAGAUCCUCCUCGCCAAGCCAGCCGGUGCCGCGGCUGCUCAAAGGUUGGGCCGCGAGGACGACCCCUCCGCCGUCGUCCACCGGUCCCGUAACGCCGCCCAGCCCGGCUCCCUCAACCUAUUCUCCGAAUCCUGGGAGUUCCACACUGAUCGGAUCCUCCCGUUUUUGACCGAGAAUUCGGAUUUCACUGUGAUUGGAAUCAUUGGUCCACCUGGAGUUGGCAAAUCAACUAUCAUGAAUGAACUUUAUGGCUUUGACGGAAGCUCGCCAGGAAUGCUACCACCUUUUGCUACACACUCUGAUGAAACUAGGGCAAUGGCGAAGCACUGUACCACGGCAAUUGAAUUAAGGGUUUCAGCUGAACGACUUAUACUUCUUGAUGCCCAGCCAAUAUUCAGCCCUUCUAUAUUAGUUGAUAUGAUGAGGCCUGAUGGUUCAUCUGCCAUUUCUGUUUUAAAUGGAGAGGCCUUAUCAGCAGAUUUAGCCCAUGAAUUACUUGGGGUUCAGCUUGGCGUGUUUCUAGCAUCUGUUUGUAAUGUUUUGUUGGUUGUCUCAGAAGGAAUUCAUGAAUUCAACAUGUGGCAGCUUAUGCUUACGGUUGAUUUAUUAAAGCAUGGGAUACCGGACCCAUCUUUACUGACAUCUGCUUAUACUCAACGUUCUAAUUCUGGACUAGAUAAGGAAAACAAAGGAAAUGAUCAGGCUACAAACGAAGAAUUCUUGGCUGCCCCUGUUUUUGUUCAUUCUAAACUACAAAAUAAGGAUUUAGCACCUUCCAAGACUUUGCUGGUGAGGAAGGCUUUGCUGAAAUUCUUUGGUUCCUCCUCUUUCAAAGUCAACAACAGCAGAACUAGUUCCCUGAACAAAACGGCAGAGGAUUUAGAUUCUGAGCAACCAUACUUGUUUUUGCUCCCUAUGAAAGUUCAACACAACUUACGAAAACCUCAGUUUGAAAGCUAUCUUUCAAUGAUAGGGAAGCUACGAGAUGAAAUAUUGUCGAUGAAUGGUCAUCCAUUUGCAAGGAACAUCACUGAGCGUGAAUGGUUGCGUAACUCGGCUAAAAUAUGGGAAUUAGUAAAGAAAUCCCCAACAAUUGCUGAUUAUUGCAGGACACUUCAGGGUUCAGGACUAUUCAGGAAGUAGCUCAUUCUCCUGGCUAUUAGUGGCUUGCAUCCGUUGUCGAAAAUACCUUCUGAUCUAUCCAUUCGGAGAAAGCAAAGGGGUUUCCCAGCCUGAGACAUGCAAUCACAGAAAGAAGCCUAGAAAGAUCGUGCAGGUUAUGUGGCGAUUGAAUCUGAUCAUAAGCCCUAAGAAGCCCUUUGGAGAUGACUGGCCAAACAAAAGAAAGGGAAAGAGAGGAUAAAACUUUU